AUGCGCCGCCAUAAUGUCGCUUUCUGUUUUGGUAUCAUCUCACAAUAAAGGAAAUCAAUUUUCAUAACUUAUCGAUGACUUUUGUGAUCAUUCUUAACGCAAAACAAACACCGAAUUCCAGUGUAAUAAAUUAAAUGCUCGCAGCCAUGAACACCACAGCUCCCACAUCGGCAGACGCCUGCCUGAGUAUUGUGCACUCUCUCAUGUGUCACCGGCAGGGUGGAGAGAGUGAGGGCUUCUCCAAACGUGCCAUAGAAUCUCUCGUCAAGAAGCUCAAGGAGAAACGGGAUGAGUUAGACUCGCUGAUAACAGCUAUCACCACAAAUGGGGCGCAUCCGAGCAAAUGUGUUACAAUACAGAGGACUUUGGAUGGCAGAUUACAGGUUGCAGGCCGCAAAGGCUUCCCACACGUGAUAUACGCCCGCAUAUGGCGCUGGCCGGACCUGCACAAGAACGAACUCAAGCAUGUCAAAUUCUGCCAGUUCGCCUUCGACCUCAAGUGUGACUCGGUGUGCGUCAACCCUUACCACUAUGAGCGGGUGGUAUCACCAGGUAUUGAUCUCUCCGGGCUGACAUUGACAUCUGGCCCAAGCCGCCUAGUAAAGGACGAGUACACAGCUGGCUUGAGCGGAAAUGGCAUGGACAUGGACACCGGCGAGUUGGUCACAAUACAGCACCACGCCGCCGCCAGCCCGCGCCACCACCACGCGCUGCCCCACCACCACCAGCAGUUCCAGGGCACCAACAUCAUCAUCAACCAAACGCAAGCGCCAGAAGGCGUUCAGAACAUGUUCUCGCCGACGCUUGGGCCGCGGCCGCUCCGGCCGCCCGGGGUGCCGCAGAUGGCGCAGCCUCAACAGAUGCCGCAGCCUCAACAGCUGCCGCACCUCUCCCCCGGGCCCCAAAUGAUCUCAAACCACGGACAAAUGACGCCCGGCCCGCCUCAGCUAGGUCCAGGAACGCCUCAGAUGGGACCGGGAACGCCUCAAAUGGGGCCGGGAACGCCUCAAAUGUGCCCCGGAACGCCUCAAAUGUGCCCCGGAACGCCUCAGAUGGGUCCGAGCACGCCUCAAAUGUGUCCGGGAACUCCUCAAAUGUGCCCGGGGACUUCUCAGAUGGGCCCGGGCACGCCGCAGAUGGUGGCCAACACGCCGCAGAUGCCGUCGCCGCGCAUGGCGCCCGCGCCGACGCAGAUGUCUCCAGGGACGCCGCAGAUGCCCAACAUAAGCCAGGGGAUGUCGAUACCUAGUCCGCAACAGAUGGUCAUGAGCCAGCAGAGGACGAUAGCGCCGAAGCUCGAACCCCCGGACACUAUAGACGCGAGAGCGAUGUGGUUACCGAAAAGAAUGAACCAUUCUGCCAUGCCGGUGAGCAUGUCGCCCGGCGCGACGACGCCCCUUAUUGACGGACAAAACACGACGUUCUUCACGGCCGAGCAGACGAGUACUGAAACACAAAUGACACAGACUAUAUCAGCGGGUCCUGUGUCGGUGUCAUCAGGAUCGGCCGAGAAUUCCCAACAGAACGGCUUCGCCUCGGCAGGCAGUCCCGCGCCACAACCUAGUCCACUGCCGCGCACGCAGCAUCAACAAGGCACGUGGACGGGCAACAACACGCUGACGUACACUCAGAGCCUCGCGCCACCCGCGCCCGCGCCGCUGGACGCGCCGCCACAACACCAUCACUACUAUAACGGCAACCCGGGCGGGCAGCCCUUGUUGUCGCAGCUCCCGGCCCCCGAGUACUGGUGCUCGGUGGCGUACUUCGAGCUAGACACGCAGGUCGGAGAGACCUUCAAAGUGCCGUCUAGCAGGCCCAACGUCACUGUUGACGGUUACGUAGACCCUUCAGGAGGCAACAGAUUUUGCCUCGGCGCUUUGAGCAACGUUCACAGAACAGAGCAGAGCGAACGCGCAAGACUGCACAUCGGCAAGGGCGUGCAGCUGGACCUGCGCGGUGAGGGCGACGUGUGGCUGCGCUGCCUGUCCGAGCACUCCGUGUUCGUGCAGUCCUACUACCUGGACCGCGAGGCGGGCCGGGCCCCGGGCGACGCGGUGCACAAGAUAUACCCCUCCGCCUGCAUCAAGGUGUUCGACCUACGGCAGUGCCACCGACAGAUGCAGUCUCAGGCCGCGACGGCGCAGGCCGCGGCCGCCGCGCAGGCCGCCGCCGUCGCCGGACACAUCCAGCCCGCGCACCCAGGCAUGAACAAGUGUCUAACAGCAGCGGCGGGCAUCGGCGUGGACGACCUGCGGCGGCUGUGCAUCGUGCGCCUGUCCUUCGUCAAGGGCUGGGGGCCAGACUACCCGCGCACCUCCAUCAAGGAGACCCCCUGCUGGGUCGAGGUCCAUCUCCACAGGGCCCUGCAGCUCCUCGACGAGGUGCUGCACACGAUGCCGAUCGACGGGCCGCGGAACAACAUCGAGUAGGAGUUGAUCGGCUUCUUUUGAGGCCUUCACGACACCACACAUGUGCAAGUUUGUUUCACACGCGCGCCGGCGUAUCGUGCCCGCGCUUUUAUCGCUUACCGCUGUGGAUAACAUAUUCGUCAAUAGGGAAUAUUACCAAAGGUGCGAAACUGCUCGCUUCGGGCAAACUCGGUUCCGUUCGGAUCAGCAUUGCUCCGAGAAAUUAUUAGGGUUGGCACAACUUGAUGUCCCUUUGCGUUUGCGCAAUUUUCACAACCCUAAAUAGCCGAAAGGGAUAGUGCCAUAUAUUAGAAAGGGACAGACCGCUGUCAAACUUCGGAUUUGUAGGAAGUUUCCCUUCUGUACGGUAGCACUAUUAUUUAUUCUGUGAUAUUACGCUAAACUCUGCGUAGAGGGCGUCACUAGCACAAUCACAGGGCCAACCUCGAAACACGAAAAUCUAAAGUUCGGUUUCUGCCUCUCUAUCACUUGCAUAUUCGAUCGAUAGAAGAAGAUAACAACAUUUCGAUUUUCUCGUUUCGCAGUAGGCCACCUGUAAACAAACCGCCUUGAAGCAUCAAUGUCAUAGUGAAAACUUGUCAAAAAACUGUGUGGCAUCUGUGUGGUUUAGGAUGUGCUAGUGCUGCACUCUGGCGGAAGAACAUUGCAGUAAUAUUCCCUAUUGUCACAAUCGUUCUGUAGUAAAAAUUGCUCAGAAGGUAGUCAAAUCUCUCUCAGACUUAUAAAAACUUAACGGAGAAUUCCGUGAAUAUCGUAAUUCGAAAUACUAUUUCGCGUCUCAGGCGAAAAGUGAAUGAACGAUGAAAAUGGAGAUGUCAAUCUUCUAAUGUUUGCGAUAGCUUCCAAGGUCCAGCCAUAAAAUGGAUAACGUCGUUAUCACUAUUUUUAAAUAUCAGGAUUCGAAUUACAAAAACAAUCGCUGUAUUAUUGGGCCAUCUAAAAUGAGGACGCAAGGAGAAGUCUUUUAGUUGACUCUAUUGAGUGCCCUGUUUUCUGGUAUAAAGGCAGAACAGUGCUAAACAUAACCUGUCAAACUGUAGUCUUUUGCAUUGUAAGCUACAUAAUUACAUUUUUAAAUCCUUUGAAUGCCACGCCUAUCGUGUGCGGCGCGUCAUGCACGAUGUUUAUUGGGUUGUAGCCGCGGCCUAUCGUGUGCGGCGCGUCAUGCACGAUGUUUAUUGGGUUGUAGCCGCGGCCUAUCGUGUGCGGCGCGUCAUGCACGAUGUUUAUUGGGUUGUAGCCGCGGCCUAUCGUGUGCGGCGCGUCAUGCACGAUGUUUAUUGGGUUGUAGCCGCGGCCUAUCGUGUGCGGCGCGUCAUGCACGAUGUUUAUUGGGUUGUAGCCGCGGCCUAUCGUGUGCGGCGCGUCAUGCACGAUGUUUAUUGGGUUGUAGCCGCGGCCUAUCGUGUGCGGCGCGUCAUGCACGAUGUUUAUUGGGUUGUAGCCGCGGCCUAUCGUGUGCGGCGCGUCAUGCACGAUGUUUAUUGGGUUGUAGCCGCGGCCUAUCGUGUGCGGCGCGUCAUGCACGAUGUUUAUUGCGCGUCAAUUGACGUCUUUGGCGCUCAAAGGGUUAAUACCAACAUCUGAACGUAACGGCGAAUAUGUCUUUACCGUGGAAAUGAACAAGCGAUAAAAGUGCAGCCGUUAUAUCCGCGAUGGACGCUCUCCGAGUGAUGUGAACCGUGACGGUGCAGCUUUAAACCUUAUGCCAUAUAGCAUUUAAGUUCACUUUCCUACAAAACAAAUCUUUAGGACCCCUGUCUUCCAAAUUUUUUUUAUAACUAAUAAUAAAUCUUUGCGAAACAAACAUUGCACAUUUAAGAGAAUGUGCAGCGCUCGUGUCUAAAGAAAGGUGAACUAAUCAGUUAUGUCUUGUAUUUAUUUACGUUUAGGAUAAACGCUAACAUAGGUUUUAUGUUUACAGUAUUGAGACGGAACAUACUAAAGAACACUAAGCGAUCUCAGUAUAAUAUUUUUUCACAAAUCCUAUAUGAGGUAGAUAUUAGCAGAGACGUGUGGAUAAUAAUGACCUUUAAAGUUUUUUUGUAUCUGGAGAGGUUUCACUAGAUGGCGUUGUAAGUAGUAAAUGGUGGUCUCGAAGCCAACAUAAACCUAUAUAAUUCUUAGUCGUUAUUAUUUUAUCGUCUCUGACAUUAGUAUAAAGAUUCGACGGAAACUGGUUGCUCAAGCGAGUCUGUGAGGUUACUUGUCGAGUUUAUAAUAAUUUACUAACAGCGAUACCAAAAUAAGGCAUUUUCUUAAAUAUAAAGUACACUAGUGUAAGUUUAAAUAUCACAAGACAUAAUUAUGGUUCAACUUGAAAGAAGCCAAAUGGGAAUUAGCUUUGUAUAGGGUAAGAUAAAUUACAGACGUAGUAAUUGUUUUCCAUCGUAUUUUCUUGGAAAUGUUCGUAUUUGUUCAGUCAAUGUCAGUACUUUUUGUACGUACGUACGUACGUUCGCAAGUUUCCGUGAAAAUACGAUGGAAAACAGUUAUGCACUACAUGUGUAGUGUGUUGUAAGGUAAGGUAGUUAUGGUUACACAGUAAUUUAUGAUAGUUAUACUUUAAAAUGUUUAUACGUAGAGGUAGCGCGGGGCGCGGAUUAGGAUAGGGAUAGAAUGUGCCUGCUGGAGGGGUUGCACACUAAAUACCUACAUACAAAUAUUUCAACAGAAAAUUGUAAUGAUAACGUUCGAGGGACGACAUCUUCAUACUAUUUGGCAGCUACCAACUGUCAAGUAAGCAAUAAGUGUGUCCCACUCCCACUAGGGCGGCGCCACAAUCAUGCUCGAAGCGAAUGGAAACAACAGUAGUACAGAUUGGCAGUUAACCUUAUAAAAAUACAUUUUUAUUCAUUUAGUUGAUUCGCUGGACCACUAAGCAAUAAGCAUGCAAAGUAAAGAAAAAAGUAUGCAUUCAAAUUAUUUAAGUUCAGUUGAAGUGUAAAAGUUGAAUGUAAUUUUGUGUUAUACUUUUAUGUAAUUUUGUGGAGGCUAUAACAUCAAUUUUAAAAUACAUAUGUUUUGUGUUGCUAGUACAACGGAAGUGCCCGCAACCCCUCUAAUAAGAUGUUGAAAAUGGAUCUGUGAUGUUGUAACGAAUAAAGUAUAUGUAGGGCGCCCCGCGGUGAGGAUAAUGCUAUUUUCAAAUAAAUACAACUAACAAAUGACAUAUUUUGUGUACGGAAUCGCAAACGAUUGUAAUAGACUUAAGUAAUAUGUAACGUGUUUUUGAAACUUUUUAAGUAUUUUGAGAUUUUCAUAGUUGGCUUAAGAUUUUGCUUUAAUUAUUUUAACUCGGCAGAUUUACGAUAUCUUGUGUUGAAUGAUUUUAUUAGUUACUGUUGGUAUAGUGUUUUGGUUUCAUUUUUUACGAUUUUGUAAAUAUUAUUAUAUGAAAACUGUGAGUUUUUUGUCUAUGUAAAAUUUACAUUUUAUUGAUAUUUUGUAAUUUUUAUUAAUUACGAUAUGAUUUACUCGAGGCGGCAGUCGCUGUUUAAUUCGUUGAUCGAAUUGAUUUACUUUUACGAAUAACCAUAUAUUGUUUAUUAUUUUGUUAUUGCUAUUGACAUAUUUACGUUUCGCUACGGAAUUUUACAUUUGUUUGUUACCAAUGAAUUUGUACAGAAUCGUAGUACGCGAGUUGUAUAUAGUACAAUCUUAAAAAUAAAAAAUAUUUUUUACAAACGCGAGAACAGAGGCUCUACCGGGAAAAGGGAAAUUUCAAAUUUAUUUAUCUGCCUCUCUAUCGCUCGAAUGUGCAAGAGUGAUAGAGAGGCAGAUAUCGUUUUUAAAUUUUGUUGACGGUAGGGUCUCAAGCGUUACUUAGAAAUUACGAUUAUUCAUUAAAUGUUCUCUUAGAAGGCUUACACAAAAUCGUUUAUCGAAAAUACCUCUACAUAGUGAUCAAAAGGAUUCAAAGGGUUUUAGAUGAUAUUAAAAGUAUGGCGGUAAGUUUUUUAAUGAUGUUGAAGUUUUGAAUAAAUUCAAAUUCUACAUGCCACAGUUAUAAGAGAGCUACCGUGUUUGGAGUCUGUCGUACUAUUUAUUAAGAAUCAUUGACUGCAGUUAUUGGGGUUAUACUAAAGUUGUCCAAAGUUGUGAACUAAUAUAAUUAUGUUGUUCAGAUUUUGAACGUAACUUGCCGCUUUUGUAAAUACUGCGAACCGAAGCCUUGUUGAAGACAACGUGGUCGGGAAUACAAUAAAAUUACGUGUCACUGACGA